AUGGAGGCCGCCAGAGAGCACGCCAUCCGCCAGGCCUACAAGGAUACCAUCGACUACAGCAUCAAAAUGAAGCGCUCGGACAAUCUGCUCCUCGAGGACGAAGUUGGCUUGACGAAGUCCGAGCACAAGCACGGGAAGAGGAAAUACCAAUGCGCCGAGCAGGUGUCAAGCGAUGAGAUCGAUGACGAGUUCGACGCGCUGCAUGACGAGCAGAGCAAGGAGUACGCCCUGAUGGAGAAUCGCAGAGGACAGAAGAUUGCGCGGGUUGAGGAGAGGCCCAAGCUGCGCAAAUUCAGCGGUGAAGAGCGCCAGGAAGGUCACGGCAAGGACGCCAGUGGCGGACACCUGCGGGCACUUGAGGGCGAGGUGCCGUCGCCUGCCGUGAGCCGCUUUCCUCCCCAGCACGCUCUCCCGAAGCGUGCCUCUGGCCCCGCUCGUGGGAGAGCAGCGUGCGCAACUGGCAGCCCAGAGGUCCUGCAUGAACCAGCUGCGACUGAAGGGCUCCUCUGGCUUCAGAAACGUGGCGACGUCGUCAGUGACCUCACGGCGAUGUCCAACAAGUUCGAUGGCGCAUCGGGCAUGUGCGAAUCGAUCAAGAAGCUAAAGUCGGACAUGGAGACUGAGAAGGCUGACGUGGACAGCUUGCAGCAGUCGCCAGAUGACGUGCUCAAGCUCGCGGACAAGCUGAGAGAUGAUAUUAGGAAGGCCAUCGGCACCGCCAGCAGUUCUAAGAAGGACACGUUUCAAGUCGAGGUCGAACGGUGCGCUGACUUGAAGCAGCAACUCGUUGCUUUCCGCCCCGUGUUCAACGAGCUGUCGCAGACGUGCCAGUACCUCUUGGCCAAGAAGCGCAGUCAGAAGCGCUCGGACUACAUGACUGCGCACGGCCAGAACCAGAGGCUUCAGAAAGAGUUUCUGAGCGGUGGCUUCAACAAGAACUUCGCCAAGUACAUGGCGAAACACGUCAAUCAGAUUGAGAUGGCCCUCUCCACGGAGGACACGCAGUUCGACGUGAGGCCAUUUGGUGUGUUUAUGAACAGCGACCUGACUCCGGACAUCUUCAACAUGUCUGCGUUUGCUAUCUGGGAGGGUUCGCAUCAGUUUGCGCAAGACAUUGCCAAGCAUCUUGACGUCGAGGCCGUGACCAGCAAGGCCGCCAGCGUCAGGAAGCAUCGCGAUGAUAAUCCAGCUUGGCAAGGAGCCCUCGGCAUGGCCGAGGGCGUGUUCAUGAAGGACGUGCUGGCGAAGAUGAUCGGUGACAACAUCGACGACCCCGAGGGCUCGGAGGUCUGGGUCUUCGCCAACCGCAGGGGCUGUCUGCGCGAGCCGCCGCAGGCGAUUCCGCUACCAGGCAAUUCGAAGGCCUGGACUGGCACGGGCGACAGGGGGGGCGCCGGAAUGGCGCUCAAGGUUGACGCCGAGGCGUCCCGAGGGCUCCAUGGCGCGCGCUCCCGCGCGGAUGGCGCGCCCGCGCCUCCCUCCGCGCCGCAGCUGGCGGAGAAGGAGCUGCAGGUGGGCAGCCUGACGCAGAGGGCCGCGGUGCUGGAGGCCAGGCUGCAGUCGCAGGACGAGGACUACAAGCUGCUGGAGACCCUCCAGCGCACCAGCGGCGCGGAGGCUCUGGCCAGCCUGCCGGCGCAGGAGCACGCGGCCGCGCUCUGCGCGCUGCGGGUGCGGCUGGGCACCUUGCACGGGCAGCUGCAGGAGGAGCGGCUCAGCGCCUCGGCGCUGCGGGCCGCGCUGCACAGCAGCGAGCGGGCGCUGCAGGAGCGGCCGAGGCCGCCGGAGCAGGCGGGGUUCCGGCAGCUGGACCUGGGCGCCAUCAUCGCCAAGGAUCGCGAGGUCUGCCAGCUCCAGCAGAUGCUCACUGAGGAGCUCUCCAGGCGAGGCGAGCUCGAGGCCCGGCUGGAGCUCUACGACCUGCAGUGCCGGCAAGGCGCCUGGGUGACGCCGCGGCAGUCGCCGUCGGAGGCUGCUGCGCCGGGCGCGUGCCAGGGCGCGGGCGGGCACCAGUCGCCCGCGCGCCCGCGCACCCCGCUGCGCUCGGGCGCGCGGGGGGCGCCGCUGGCGCCGCUGCGGCCGCUCACGCCCGCCAGGGUGGCUAUCCCCAUCCUUGGCCCGCUGGGCCCCCUGGUGUCGCCCUCGCUGUCAAUGCCAGUGGGCGACGCGCCGGCGACGAACCGCUCGCUGGCCAGCCCUAGGUCGAUGCCCCUGCUCCCGCCCCCCAGCCAGCAGCCCGUCCUCUACGCCACGCCCGGCGGCGGCAACGGCCGCGGCCCGGGUUCCUCCGGCAGGGUGCCCGCCGCAGGCGCGCCCACGCCGCCGGCGCCCGGGGCGAGCAGCAGGCUGCCCGCGGCGCGGCUCCGCUGGCCGGCCGCGCUGCGGCGGCCGGCCUCGGAGGAGAAGGCCGUGGACGCCGUGAACGCGACCUCCAUCGCGAGCCCGAGCGCGCGAACGACCAAGAGCCAGACGACGCCGUGGCCCUUCCGCACCGCGUGAGGCCGCGCAAGCCACGGCGUGAGGUCGCCUCGUCAUCGCGCGGGAGGCCCGUUGCUUCUCGCCCCCCGACGGCGAGCGUUUUGCCUCGCCGCCCCAGGGAGGGGCGGCGCGCACCGCGCGCACGAGCACCAAGAGAGUGCCCGUACGCUGCCGGGAGGGCUUCUGCAUCGAUGCAGUGAGCGCGAAUUCACGGGGAGCAGUAGGGCGGAGGACGAGGAGGAGG